AUUUUAAAAGCUAAAAAUUUUUGUACAAAAUUGGUCUACACGUUUUAUAUUUUACUUUCUUAAAAAGGUGAAAAUAGUGGAAUUUGUAUGCAGAGUAGAUCUGUCUAAACGCAAUCAAUAUUUUAGUAAUUAAAUCUAUUUUUGAUAAUCCAGUCCAAAGUUUAUAUAAACAUUUUUUUUCAUUAUUAAAUUAUAACAGUGAGGAGUCUUCAGAUUAGUUUGCAAAUUGUGAAUAGUUAAAAAAUAGGUGAUAAAUAGAUGGAGUGUUACCAAAAACCUUAAGCGAUGGCUAGAUUACUUUCAUUUACAACGAUAGUGCUUUUACUAUCUAUUUUCGGUUCGUUUGCUGCUGGGGCUACUUUCUUUCGAAGGGGAAGAAUACUUCAUCCAGAAAAAGAUCCAGAACCUAGCAAGUAUGAAAGAUGGUUUACUCAAAAUCUGGACCAUUUUAACCCUAACGAUGAGCGGACCUGGCAACAGAGGUACUAUGUGAACGAGGAACUUGCUAGUGGCAAAGGCGAUCUCGCCUUUCUUCAAAUUGGUGGAGAGGGAGAAGCAACAGCUGCGUGGAUGACCAACGGAUCAUGGAUCACGUACGCUCGCAAAUAUAAACCAAUUUUGUUCCAACUCGAGCACAGAUACUAUGGUAAAAGUCAUCCGACCAAAGAUUUAAGUACCGAGAAUCUGGCAUAUCUAACAAGCCAGCAGGCCCUAAGCGAUUUAGCAUUUUUCAUUGAAGCCAUGAACCAACAACACAACCUGAGUUCUGAUGUAAAAUGGAUUGUUUUCGGAGGUUCUUAUCCCGGAAACUUGGCUGCCUGGGUACGCCAAAAGUACCCCCAUUUGGUGCAUGGGGCCAUGUCUGCCAGUGGACCACUUCUCGCACAAUUAGAUUUUUCAGAAUAUUUUAAGGUGGUAGCAGAUUCUUUACGAGCCAGCAACGAAAAAUGUCCAAAUAUUGUGAAACAAAGUACUGCCCAAGUUGAAGCUCUUUUGCACACUGCAGUUGGUCAAAAAAAUCUUAACCAACUAUUCAAUUUGUGUGAGGAUAUAACAGAGAACGUUCAUAAUUCUUUAGACGUGUCCAACUUCUUCAUGAGCUUAGCUGAUAAUUUUGCUGGGGUGGUUCAAUACAAUAAAGAUAACAGGGAAGCAACUAAAAAGAGAAACCUCACCGUCGAUCGCUUGUGUGACAUUCUGUUGGAUGAAUCUAUCGGGCCUGAAAUCAAUCGCUUGGCAGCUGUUAAUAAUUUGAUUCUUGACGUGGAUGGUGAGAAGUGUUUGGAUUACAGUUAUAAUAAGCUGAUCGACAUGAUGAAGGAUGUUAGUUGGGACGGCGAUGCUGCUGAGGGAAGUCGUCAAUGGACAUAUCAAACCUGUACAGAAUUUGGUUAUUAUCAAACUUCCUCCUACAAACCUCAUAUAUUUGGCACCCGAUUUCCACUUAGUUUCUCCAUUCAGCAAUGCCAAGAUAUUUUCGGAUCUUCAUACAAUGAAACGUUUCUAAAUCAUGCUAUAGAAAGGACGAACGUUCUUUACGGUGGUUUAGACAUUGAAGUUUCUAACGUUGUAUUCGUUCAGGGAUCAUUGGAUCCAUGGCAUGUUUUGGGAGUUACAACAACCUUAAAUGAUAAAGCUCCUGCUAUUCUUAUUAAAGGUGCCGCCCACUGCGCAAAUAUGUAUAACCCUUCUGAUGAUGAUACUCCUCAGUUAAAGGCAGCUAGAGUCCAAAUACAAGAAUUAAUAGGUAGCUGGAUAGAUUUGUAAUCUAGUUCUAAUGUGUUAAGUUGUAUUUUAAGUUAUUUAAGUUGUAUUUUAAUCUAAUUCGAAGAAAAAAACACAUUAUUAGUAUUAAAGAGAUAAGUAUAAAACAUUGAUAUUAAACAAACAAAUGAUAUUAAAAGAGUGUAGCUUAUUGUAAAAAGAAAUUUUCUUUUAAUAAAGAUAUUUAUAUAUUA